AUGAGCAGCGAACCCCAGCGUGCAAGGUCACCGUCGGCCGGUGGCUUUCAGCCUGAUAUAAACCAAUCUCACUCGCCGGCACGGAGCCCGUUCGCACCCACAAGCGAGCAGCCAUCCGUUGGUCUUGGUCUUGGGAUCGGCGUCGACCUGGAUCCAUCGCAACAGCAACAACAGCGACAACCACCUCAGCAGCAGCAGCAGCAGCAACAACGACAUCACCACCACCACCAGCAGCAACACCGAGCAUUUACAGCAUCUCUGCAUCCCAACUUCGACUCAUUCAACGCAAACGGCUUCCUCGGUGCACAAGCCAACGCUGCCGACCCGAAUACCGGCUUCGACCCCAGCGCCAGCUUCGGACAGCAGCCGGCCACCGGCCCCGACUCCACCCUGUCUCUGAACGCCCAGGCGCAACAAAACUACCUCUCGCCAAACCUGCACGACGGUGAUUUCUCUCUCUUUCCAUCCGCCGCUGAGCAAGGCGAUCAGUACAACGCCCCCCUCUUUGAGCAGCCGCCCCUGGGCGACCUCAAUGCCAUGACCUCUCCGCACUCGCACCAGUCUCCGACCCCUCCACGGCUCUACCCGUCCGAAAGCCUCCAGUCGCCCCCCUUCAACCAGCAUCAGUUCUCGUCGCCGCCGUCAACCCAUUCGAGGAAUGCUUCUUUAGGGCCUGAGGCCGCGCUUCUUCCCAAUCAGCUCGGCGACUGGACCCAGCCGCAGUUCCAAGGCCAUAGGAGGACUCCCUCGGAAUACUCUGACGUCUCCUCCGUGGCUCCUUCUCCUCAUCUUAUUAGUUCCGAUACGUUUGACGCCGACCCGUCGGGCCACUCGCCCCUGCAGAGACCUUCGGACAGCCUCUAUCAGGAAGUGCUCGGUAUUGGGUCCUUCAGCUUGGCUGACCCCAGCAGUCCUGGUUAUCACGGCCGAAGCCCCUCGCACAGCCCAGCCAUCAGCCCUCGCAUCAUGCCACAGCAGAUGCCGGAUACCAUGCAGCCUUCUUUCAACCUGAUCCCGCCAAACUCCGGGUUCGAGAACGUUUCUGGAUACCCAGACCUGCAACCGAGCCAUGAGACUUUCCCGCCACUGCAGGGCGGCAUGGGCGCCGAUAUGCACCAAAUGGCACCGCCGGCCAUCAACAUUGACUUUGCGCCGACGACGAAUUCAAGACAAGGCAGUCGACCCAAGUCUCGCCCGAGGGCAGUUACGGAUCCUUUCCAUCCCGGUAGUGGAAUCCUGCCCCCUGGCAAUUUGAGACCCUCCCUCGGAGUUGAUCUUGGAGCCCGCUCCGACACUUCAUCUCGAUCCUUGUCCCCUCUGGACCGGCAAUCGGUCGGCUCGUCGGCCUCACGAAGGCGGCAGUCGACUUCCUCAGUGCCCAAUAACGUGAUCGCUUUGCGCCUGGCAGAUCCCGAAUACCAGAAUAGCCAGGAUGCCGGGACAAGCAAGCGCAUGCAGAAACACCCGGCAACUUUCCAGUGUACCCUAUGUCCCAAACGCUUCACUCGAGCGUAUAAUCUGCGGUCUCACCUGCGCACGCAUACCGAUGAGCGACCAUUCGUUUGUACUGUCUGCGGCAAGGCAUUUGCUCGACAGCAUGACAGAAAGCGACACGAAAGUCUGCAUUCCGGAGAGAAGAAGUUUGUUUGCAAGGGUGAUCUGAAAACCGGUGGCCAGUGGGGCUGCGGUCGACGAUUUGCGCGAGCUGAUGCCUUGGGAAGGCAUUUCCGUUCUGAAGCAGGAAGAAUAUGCAUCAAACCUCUUCUGGACGAGGAAAUGAUAGAAAGGCAACGCCAGUGGCAGGAGCAGCGGAUGCAGCAGAACAUGGCACAGAACAUGGCCAACCCGCAGGUUAUGGGCAUGGAUGCCGGCCCUGCUUAUCCCAUGGAUUCCAGCGGAAACUAUGGCCUCCCACAAGCUCUCUUGGCUCAGUAUCCCGCCUUGGCGCAGAUGAACUGGUCGGCUACCGACAUGGGAGGUGGGCUGGACGACGAGCUCAGUGGUAGAUCUUCGUUCGAUGCCAGCGACUACGAUGACGGCGACGAUGGUGGAUACAUGAGUAGUUCUGGAGCCAGAUACCCGGAAGAAGGCAUGGGCCAAAAUUACGCCGACAUGAGUUAUACUGAGUAUGGGCGCUGA